UUACGUGAAACCCCGCCCUCCCGAGGUGCGGGUCACGUGACGGAGGGCAGGCCCGGGCGCCGUUAUUGAGCGCACCCUCCCCUCAGCGCAGAGGAAACGAGAUGCAGGCUGUCUCCGGUAACGGUAACGGUUCUAUUUACUGUCUUCUCCGCUCCCGAGGCGAUGGCGAAAAUGACCGUUAGACAGCGGAGCAGCUAAAGCUAACGGGAACCGGCGUCGCUGUGUGGCGGGAAGGCCGUGUCUGCCUCGGUUUGUUGUUUGGGUUAGCUGCCUUUGCUAGCUCUCAGCCUGCUUCUUUUUACGGUUUACCGGGAGUUAUCCUCGGAGGACACCGACAGCCACUGCCCGGUCCGAGUUACGGUAAAUCCGCACCGGCACUGCCUCUCAUGAUGGUAGGAGGAGCGCCGCUGUAGGAGGAACAAAGCGGGAAAGCUGCGGAUGUAGUUAGCAUCGGGCCUGAAUACCAACACACUUCCACCCCUCCCUCCUUGCCUCCCCCCUUUCUUCCCUCCCCCUUGCUCCGUCGCUGCCCCUGGACUACAGACCCUUCCUUCUUCCAUGAUCACAAUGGAGUCAGCCCUCAAUCCGCUGCCACAGUUCCCAGAAAACUCCUAUAAAAUGACGGAGGAGGAUGUGAAGAGGCUGAUUGAGUUCAGGGCAUCCAACGAGGCUCUGUUCACCGGGAAAAGAAACUCUGCCAAGAUCGCAUGGAGCACCAUCCUAAAGGGUCUGGGUUUGGAGGGGAAGCUGACAGCAGACCAGAUCGCCAAGAAGUGGGACAACCUGCGGACAAAGUACAAGGACCUGAAGCAGCCCUACCAGGGCCAGGACAACAUCGGGGGCGUCGUGGAGUCGUGGCCCUGGUUCCACAUCAUGGACGAAGCCAUGCAGGGUCGGCUCUACAACAGCAACCUGGUGCUGAGCCCGGAGACCGCCGCCAACGCCGGCCACCGCGGCAACAGCCAACCCAACCAGAACCAGGAGAACACCGACAUCCUGGAGUUCCUCAUCAAGACGGAGAUGGAGGACACGGUGGCAGCGGAGACGGCCGAGGAUGACGGGACGGUUCACAGCGAGGCUCCUCCUGCUGAGGGAGUCCCCAUGGGCUGGAGGAGGAUGACCGAGUGCUCCUAUAAAAUGACUGAACCAGAAACAGAACGAAUGAUCAAACUUCGAGCUGCGAACGAGGCGCUCUUCACUGGCAGGAAACAUUCAGCCAAACCGGCCUGGAGAGCCAUUCUGUACGAACUGGGUCUCCAGGGGAAGCUGACCACAGAUCAAUUAGCCAAGAAGUGGGACAACCUGAAGAGGAGAUACAAGGAGCUGAAGUUUCCCGCUCGAGGCGUGGAGACGAACCCCAGCUCCUGGCCCUGGUUCUACCGAAUGAACGACGCCAUGGAGGGGCGUUUCGCCGGCGCUGCCCCCAUCCUCACGCCCAUCGUGGAGGACGAAGAUGAAGACUGUGAGCCGCUGUCGCCAACGCCCAAGAAACGAGCUCGCCGGAGCCGAGGGGGGAUGGCCGAGUUUCUGACGGAGUCUGAGAUGGACCUGCUGGUUGACACUGAAGAGAAAAACGGGUCCACGGCCCUGGGGGAGCUGCACCGGAUGGCCGAGUUCACCUACAAAUUGACAGAAGACGACACCAGACGACUAAUUGAGUUACGAGCUGCUAACGAGUCUCUGUUUACUGGGAGGAGAAACACUGCUAAACCAGCCUGGAGGGGAAUAGUGAAGGAGAUGGGUCUGACAGGGAAGAUAACACCUGACCAGGUCGCCAAGAAGUGGGACAAUCUGAAGACCAAAUUCAAGGACCUGAAGUUUCCUCCUCGGGGGAUGGAGAACCAGACUAACCCGGCCUCGUGGCCCUGGUUCCAGCUGAUGAAUGACGCUCUGGAGGGACGUCUGGCGGGGAAAGCUCCCAGAGUGACGCCCGUCUGGACCAACGAGGAGGACGGCGUCUUCGGCUCGUCCCCUCCUCCCGACAGAGACUGUUUGAUGGCAGAGAGGAACAGCGUGUCGGAGCUGGAGAGCAUGGUGGGGGGGGACAACACCGAGGCCGAUGGGAACGUCACCUACAUCGACGCCAGCGGAGAAGAGUGUUCAACACCCUCUGACCUCUCUUACAAAAUGACAGACCAGGACACCAGGAGGAUGAUUAAACUACGAGCUGCUAACGAGGCCUUGUUCACCGGGAGGAGAAAUGCCGCCAAAGCUGCCUGGAAGGCCAUACUGAAGGAGCUGGGGCUGCAGGGGAAGGUCUCCACCUACCAGAUGGCAAAGAAAUGGGACAAUCUGAAAAGGAGAUACAAGGAUCUGAAGUAUCCUCCGGUGGGGAUGGAGAGCGUAGCAGACGGCGCCUCCUCCUGGCCGUGGUUUCACCUGAUGAAUGAAGCCAUGGAGGGCCGGCUGGCAACCAGCGCCCCCCUCCUCACCCCUGUAACCCAGGAUGACGAGCAGCACCCUGACCCCGCCCCCAGGCACAGACCCCGCCCUGCCCCUCCCCCUCCCCCCGCCCCCUCCUCCGACUACGGACAGGAGGCGUUCUGCGACGCCGCGGAGCAGAACCAGCGCAGCACGGACGCGUGCGACGGGCCGCUGGGAGGACUGGACAGGGAGUGGGAGAUGGUGGAGAGGGAGAGGACGGCGCUGGAGCGGGAGAGGGAGAUGGUAGAGAGAGAUAGGGCGGCGGUGGAGAGAGAGAGGGCGGCGGUGCAGGCGGAGAGGCUGUGGUUGGAGAGAGAGAGGGCGGCGGUGGAGCGGGACAGAGCCAUGGUGGAGCAGGAGAGGGCGGCGCUGGGCAGAGAGAGGGAGGUGCUGGACCAGAGGGCCUUGAUGCUGAACUCGGUAGGACACUCCGGACACCUCAACGCCCUCAUGUAG